UCAACAUUCAUUAGUGUAUUCUACUUCGUGACACUUGCAAGAAUGUUUUAUAGGGUUAGAUAUAUAAUUGUAAAAUAAAGAAUAUUGCACACGGAAUAUUUUUAAUCUGUUUAAAUGAAAAGACGCAAGAUUAGAUUCUAGUUAUUUUCCAAAUAAGUUUUUUUAUGAUGGAUUCGUAUUUGAAAACACAAAUCCUUAUUGUUUCUUGUGUUAACAUCGGGCAGUUUAUAGAUGGGUAUAGUGUAGGUUGGUCUGCACCUAUAAUACCCAAGCUACAAGAUCCUGAUCAAACGCCUCUCCCUGAACUGAUCACAGAUCUACAAGUGUCAUGGAUUGGAUCCCUACUUUAUGUCGGUGCUAUAGUAGGUCCAUACAUACCAAGUUAUUUGUCGAAUAUAAUUGGAAGGAAGCCAUGUUUGUUCCUGGGAGGUCUGUUAAACUUGACUGCGAUAAUCCUUAUCGUGACCACAAAGAAUGUAGCGAUGGUCUUCGCUAUAAGAAUUAUAAGCGGCCUCGGUAUGGGAAUGGUGACAGUUAGUAACCUCGUCUACGUUGGGGAAAUUGCGUCAACUAACAUACGUGGUAUUCUUCUAACAUCGACGUCUAUAGUGGGAAUAUUUGGUACUCUAGCGGCAUACACCAUAGGACCUUUCGUUUCCUACGCGGCUACAGGUUAUAUAGCAUUAUUCAUUAACAUAAUCCAUGUUAUUGGGAUUCUGUUUAUACCAGAGUCACCAGUUUAUUAUGCAAUUAAAGGCAAAGAAACUGAGGCAAAGGAAACUCUACGUUAUCUUGGACGAGUAGACGACUUAGAGAACGUAUUCGAGUCUGUGCGAGGUACGAAUCCGAAUGAAGGCCAUAGUUGGAAGGCCUGGAUAAAGAUCUUCACAGUAAAGGCGAAUAGAUGGUCACUUUUCAUCACGUUAAGUCUAUGUACACUGCAGCAGUUAAGUGGUGUUGCAGCGGUUUUAUUCUUUGCCACGACCAUCUUCCAGAUUGCCGGAUCUUCAAUAAGGCCAGAUUUAGCAACGAUUAUAAUCGGCGCGACACGAUUGGUAGCAAGUUUGAUAGCGCCUACAGUUGUUGAGCGAGCUGGUCGCAGGAUACUGCUGCUUGUAUCAACCGCAUUCUGUGCUAUGAGUCUCUCGAUUCUUGGCACAUUCUUCUAUCUAUCGCGAGUGAAGAGUCCGGUGAUAGCAGACAUCGGAUGGCUCCCGCUCAUGGCGCUUAUUAUGUACUUCUUUUCAUACGAAAUCGGUUUCGGAACUAUGCCGAGUGCGUUAGUAGGGGAGAUGUUCCGUGGCAACGCUCGAAGUACGGGUUCCGCGGUUGCCAUGACAACGGCUUGGCUGAUUGGUUUUGGCGGCCUUAUCUAA